AAGUUUGAGCUGGUGGAUGGUGAAGACUGGUGGCUUGUUAUGGUUCGAUAGGAAGGCAAAGCUGUCACCUCAUGGUUGAAACUUCAUCCUUAUCCUUACAACUUGCAAUCUCUAUAGUAUUCUCAAAUUCACAUUCUCUUGAAGUUUUUUCUCGAGGGUGAGUUCCAAAAGUGGGGAGUUUUUAGACUUGAGGAAGGCCAGAGAGGAUAGGAAGGAAGGAAGGAUGGAUUUCAAGGAGGGGGAGAAGAAGAGCUUGGGGCAAUGGAUUCUGCUUCUGGGAAACUGUUUGGCCUUAAUAAUUGGCACAACGGCAGGGCCAAUGACAUCCAGAUUCUAUUUCUUGCAUGGUGGGCAUCGUGUAUGGAUGUCAGCAUGGCUAGAGACAGGUGGGUGGCCCCUCCUCAUUCUGCCCAUCUGGAUUUCUUACACCAGAACGAAGUCCACCUCUAAGAGCCAUGUUACUCCUAGGCUUUUCCUUGCAUCUAUUUUGCUGGGUGUACUAACUGGUGUUGAUGAUUUCUUGUAUGCUUGGGGACUUGGCUUCUUGCCUAUCUCCACCUCUGCUCUCUUGAUUGCCAGUCAGCUUGGCUUUAAUGCAGUUUUUGCAUUUUUUUUAGUGAGGCAGAAGUUUACUCCUUAUUCAAUCAAUGCUGUAAUUUUGCUCACCUUGGGUUCUGUGAUGCUUGCUUUCAAUACUGAGAGUGAUAGGCCCAAAGGAGUCACAAAUUUGGAGUACUGGAUUGGGUUUGUUAUGACCAUUAUUGCAGCUGCCCUCUAUGGCUUCAUUCUUCCUUUGAUUGAGCUAACCUAUAAGAAAACCUCGAGGAAAAUAACUUAUUUGCUGGUUAUGGAGAUGCAGUUUAUCAUGUCAUUUGCUGCCACUGUUGUCUGUACUAUUGGCAUGGCGAUUAACAAGGAUUUUGCAGCUGUUGGGAGGGAGGCCAAGGCUUCUGAUGUGGGGGAGUUCAAAUUCUACAUGGUUUUGGUGUGGUGUGCAAUCUGCUGGCAGCUCUUCUACAUUGGGAUCUUUGGUGUCGUCUUUUUGACUAGUUCUCUGUUAAGUGGUGUGAUUAUAGCUGUUUUUAUUCCUGUUAAUGAAGUGCUGGGAGUGCUCUUAUAUGGGGAGAAAUUCAACGCUGAGAAAGGCAUGGCUCUGGUUAUGUCCUUGUGGGGAUUCGCCUCAUAUUUGUAUGGGGAGAGGACCACUUCCAAAAAAGCACGAGAGUCCCUUGAAUCAGCAAGACAAGGGGAAGAAAGGGUUUCGGACCUCGAUAUUGAUCAUCAGUCCCAUCAAACUUAACUGCCCAACUCAAUAUACUUUCUUAAUUGAUUGGAUCUUUAUUUUCUUUGUUGUUUGUAAUCUACAUGAUUAAGAGAUGGACGUAGAAGGCGAAGGAACAACCAAAACAUAUGUUCCACUGCAAACUUGUAAUAUCCAUUUGUGUGUGGGGAUUGAUUGUGUGUGUGUGGGGUUGAUAAUUGGUCAGAGCAAAAUACUGUACUAUGCACCUGUUCUUCUUUCUGACGGCUUAAAUCACACAUAUUAAGUGUAUAUGUUGAUAAUGAUUUGUAGGUUUGAAAGUGUUGAUGUGCAGGUUUCAAAGUGUGAAACAGUCAGAAUUAGAGUUGCUUGACAAAAUUCUGACUAUCUCUAGGCUUAAUAUGUUCUUUAGAGUGUUUAAAAAUGUUGAUUUGUAGGUUUCAAAGUGUGAAACAGUCAGAAUUAGAGUUGCUUGACAAAAUUCUGACCAUCUCUAGACUUAAUAUGUUCUUCAGUGUUUAAAA